AUGAUUGUCGUCAAAGAGAUCACACUUCCUAUAAAGAAUUUUUCUGGUGAUGGAGGAACUGUUCGGCUGGCUUUAGUAUCUGAUUUGCACGUUGGUGCAAGCGUACAUCAAGAACAGGUUGCACGAGUAGUAGAUACACUUCUAAAGCUCGAUGUAAAUGCAGUGGCGCUAGUAGGCGAUAUAGUAGAUGGUCCAGUUGAAAGCUUGGCUGAUCGAUUGAUGCCGAUAUGGCCGCUUCGGUAUCGAUUUACAUGCUUCUUCGUUACCGGAAACCAUGAGUAUUACUACGGUGAUGCCGUUAAAUGGUUCACUUUUUAUGGAGAUCGUGGAAUUCAUGUGCUUAAUAACAAAGCGAGAAUGUUCCACAAUAUCUGUAUCGUUGGAGUGAAUGAUAUUUCAAGCAAAUAUUCGGGGAUAAACAAUCAUGAGAUGAACCUUAACGAAGCGGUACAAAAUUGUACCAGUGGCACCACACGUGUUCUUCUUGCUCAUAAUCCAGCUAGUGUUCUUAGCUUCCCUAAAAAAGAUUUUGACGAAAUUGAUGUAGUGUUUUCAGGUCAUACCCAUGCUGGGCAAUUCUACGUCCUUGUUCCUGUGGUUUUCUGGAUGCUACCUUAUUAUCAUGGUUUGUAUGAUCUACAGCAUGGAAAGCUUUUAGUAUCAGCUGGAACUUUAUACCAGGGUGCUCCAAUGAAAAUGUUGGGAAUGUCAGAGAUCUGGGUUGUUACCCUUUCUAAAGAAAACUAG